AUGAAUUACCGACCGGCUAUCAUGAGCGCGUCCCUGGGACGUGCCUGGAUGCAUAACCUCGACUACAAGCUUGAACAAGCAUCAAAGGCCGGAUUUCAAGGAAUCGAGAUCUUCUACGAAGACUUGGAUUAUGCAGCUCGGAAGAUCGCCGGAAAGGACAAUCCGGAUUCCGAUGUCAUCCUCAAGGCCGCAGAGCAUGUCUAUGCUGUAUGCCAGGUGCAAGGCCUCGAAAUCAUCGGCCUCCAGCCCUUUCUUUUCUACGAUGGACUCAAAGACCGCGAUCAGCACGUAAGAUUGGUCGAGAAAAUGAAGCUAUGGUUCAAGAUUGCCAAGGCUCUUAAAACAACCACCAUCCAGAUCCCUGCAAACUUCCUGCCAGCAGAAGAAUUGACAGACGACUUCGAUAUGAUCGCCAGGGACCUCCGCGAACUAGCCGACAUGGGGGCCGCAGAAGAUCCUCCAAUUAAAUUUGCGUACGAGAAUUUAUGCUGGAGCACAUAUGUGGAUACGUGGGAGAAGCUCUGGGAUGUCGUCAAGCGAGUAGACCGGCCUAAUUUCGGAGUAUGUCUCGACACGUUCAACAUUGCUGGCCGAGUAUGGGCGGAUCCGGCCUCGCCAACAGGAAAGACGCCAAACGCCGAUCUGGACCUCAAGCAAUCCCUCGAAAGAUUGGUUAGAGAAAUCGAUGUGUCGAAAGUGUUCUACAUCCAAGUUGUGGACGCAGAACGUAUGCAGUCGCCCUUGGUCUCUGGGCAUGCGUUCCACGUGGACGGACAGCCUGCGCGGAUGAGUUGGUCACGGAAUGCGAGGCUGUUCAUGUAUGAGGAGAGCCGGGGUGCCUAUUUGCCAGCCGAGGAUGUGGCCAGGGCUAUUAUCGAAGGAUUGGGCUACAAAGGCUACGUCUCCAUGGAGCUGUUCUCCCGGACAAUGUCGGAGCCAGGUCCGCAUGUACCGGAGGAACACGCGGCACGAGGCAUAGCAGCUUGGAAAACAUUUCAGCGGAAGCUGCAGCUUAGUUAA